AUGGCUGAUGUUGUUCGUCCGAAUCCAAUCUCGUGGCAACAUACUGUGGAGUCGAGUGAGGGAGAUCCAUGCAGCUCAAACGAUACAUCAGUGCCGGAAGAGCUUGCCCUUCUUGCCGAUAAGUAUACAUUCAGUUUUGGUGAGCAAAAAUCACUGCAAAAAGAUGUGAUUGAACUAAAGAAAAAAAUACGAAUCUCAUGUAAUAAACAGAUGCGUAUUAAGCAAGGAUAUGUGCAAAUGCAGAAAGUGACAAAGGAAAGAAAGCAAUCAGAUUUUCUGAAAAAAGAAAUCCGAGAUUUGAGUGAUCAGAUCAGUGAUAUGAAAGAUGAUUUGCAAACACUGGACAUGUAUGACAGUGGUGCAUUUGAUGAUGGUGAUGAUAUAAAUGGCAUACCAAAUUUGCCUUCAGAGGACGCUUUGACAACAGAUGGUUCUUCUGAUGGUGCAGUUCUCGAACUAAGUACCGAGAAUGUGGAAACCGUGACAAAUAACCGGCUUGCUAGCUUACAGAAAGAGUUGGACAAAGAGAUGAAAGUGAAAAAUGGUCUUGAACGUUUCCUUGCUAUUGGUCAAACAAAUCGUAAAUUACAAGAAGAAUCAAAGAGUAUGUUAUUCGAUUUGAAAGCAAAAAUUGCAUUACUUCGAAUGCAAAUCGAAAAAAUGCAACGGCAGGAGCAAGUUGAUUCUGGCUUAUCGGGGAAAACGAUACCAACAAAGACAGAAAUGAUCGUUGAUGAUCUUCUCUUUAGGCUUCGCAAAGAAGCUGCAAUUGCUGAAGGAGCUCGGAAUAUGAUCAGGACACUAAGUAGUCAAAGAAAAAGUGAUGGGAAAAGUCUUUCGCAGGCCUUCGAUAAUCAAAUGCAAUCUGAGGAAAAACUUGAUAUUAUACGAUUAGCUUUAGCCAAAUACAGUGCGCGGUUGCCAAAUGAUUCACCGAAAAAAAAUGAAAUUCGUGACGCCAUUUUGGAAUCGGAGCGUUUAUCUCUCACGGGUUAUCAUCAUCAUCGUCGCGAUAGAACAUUCAGUCCGCCGAGUUCUACUCCUGGAAGCCCAUCACAGGAUGAUUCGAAAUCUUCAAGCCUUCCACGUUUAGCUCUUCCAUUGACACGGCUUUGUGCAUUGCCAUCAUUAGCUGUUAGCGGACGUCUAGAAGUGAGAUUAAUUGGCUGUCAAAAUCUAAUGGUCGACAUACCUCGUCGUUUACCGCGAACAGAAGUCUCAUCAAUGGUUGCAAUUGCUGGUGAUAGUCUGUCUGGUUGCACGCAGAGAACACGUAGCACACGUGGGAGCGGUCCACGAGCACCAUGCGGAACAACAAAAUUCUCGCCAAAUGAUGAAGUUACGGCAACAGUCUUACUAGACAGUCGUGAAGUGGCUACCACCGAUUCACGGCCAGCUUCACAACAAGCAUGGGAUCAACAUUUUAGUAUCGAUUUAGAUAGGUCAAAAGAAUUAGAAAUUGAAAUUCGAUAUCGUGAUUGGCGCUCCAUUUGUGCAUUUACGGUUGUCAAAUUAGGCGAUAUAGUCGAGCCGUCGGAACGAGCUGGUAUGGUGUUGAAGUUGGAACCCCAAGGAGAUCUGUUUGUUGAGUUCAAAUAUUUGAAUCCAGUUAUCAGUAGGAAGCCUAAGCUUGAACGACAAAAGCGCCUUUUCAAAGUAAAAGAAAGGAAAGAAAUAGCGAGUGCGAAGAAGCAGCUUGGCGUUGCCGCAUGGAGCCGCUUAAUGAAGCAAUUUGGAGGUUCACAGUCGAAUGAAAGUAUCGAGCCAAUUUUAAGCCCGACAUACAGUGGUUUAUAUGCUUCUACUACCACUAAUACUACUGCCACUGCUUCUUUACCACCGGUUUCAAAAACUGCUCACACGUUACCAUCAAAUCUGACUGCAGAUCGACCUUUAAUUUCACCCGCUUCUGGAUUAUUUGCUCCAGAAAGUAAUCAUAUGCGUCCAGCAUUUACGACUCCUCUUCCUAGUUCCAAUCGUUUUGGAGAUAUUUCAGAAAUGUCGAAAACAAAGCAGAAUCAACGAUUCCAUGAAAAACCAAAAAUACCAUCAACAACACCGUCCCGACCAUCUUCAAAGAAUCAAGUUGCAGUGUCUCGCAUCGAAUCUCCACCACCUUUGCCAGCAUCCAAACCGCCACCUCUAACACGUAAAAAAACUUCACGAAUCACUUCACCUACGUUCUCCAGUCUUACGAUCGACAAGUUUCAGCUUAUUUCCGUUUUAGGAAGAGGGCACUUUGGAAAAGUUAUACUUGCUCAGUACAAAGGAAAUGGAGAAUAUUAUGCUUUAAAAGUGCUGAAAAAAGGUGAUGUGCUUGGUCGUGAUGAAGUGGAAUCACUGAUGGUUGAAAAAAAGAUUUUUGAGAUUGCAACAUCUCGUCGUCAUCCUUUUCUCGUGAAUCUUUUUGCAUGUAUACAGUCAAAGGAACAUGUUUUCUUUGUCAUGGAAUACUCAAUGGGUGGUGAUCUUAUGCGGCAUAUACAUGACGAUAUUUUCACCGAAGAACGGAGCUGUUUUUAUGCAGCUUGUGUUUUAUUAGGACUUGAAUUUCUGCAUGCUAAUAACAUCAUUUAUAGGGAUCUCAAACUGGAUAAUCUGUUGCUAGAUCAAGAGGGUUAUGUGAAAUUAGCUGAUUUUGGUUUGUGUAAGGAAGGUAUGGGGCCAACUGACAGGACUUCAACGUUUUGCGGUACUCCGGAAUUUCUUGCACCCGAGGUAUUGACUGAGAAUAGUUACACUCGUGCAAUUGAUUGGUGGGGACUUGGUGUGCUGAUUUUCGAAAUGUUGGUGGGUGAACCACCGUUUUCCGGUGAAGAUGAGGAGGAGAUAUUUGAUUCCAUUGUAAAUGAUGAUGUGCGAUAUCCACGUUUCCUUUCUAUCGAAAGUAUAUCAAUCAUGAGAAGACUUAUGCGGAAGAAUCCUGAGAAACGUUUAGGUUCUGGGCAAAAUGACGCCCUCGAAGUAAAGCAACAACGAUUUUUCAAGCAUGUGAAUUGGGAUUGGGAUAAGCUUUUGAACAAAGAAAUCAAACCGAAAUUUGUUCCACAAAUCAAGAGUCUGGAGGAUGUUAGUAAUUUUGAUGAAGAAUUUACGAAAGAGACACCACGCUUUUCAUCAGCGAAGGACAAACGACCCAUUACUGAUGCUGACCAGAUGCUCUUCAAAGAUUUUGAUUUUUCUUUGAUUCAUUAA